AUGAGUAUUUUUUGUGAAAUAAAAGUGACUAAACCAGAGAAUGAAGAAUUCAUGCCUGGAGAUCCUGUAUCGGGCUUAAUUAGGUAUGAAGUAGAUGAAAAAAUUGUAUUUAAUAAAAUAAUUAUUUCUUUGAAAGGAUGUGGACGUUUACGUGUAUUAGAUAAACAAAAUAAUGAGCAACAUGUGCACACGAAUAAAGAAGAAUACGUUUCUAUUGAUAACGUUGUAGUCGAUGAAGAAGUUUCACUAGGCAUAGGAGAAUAUGAAGCCAAAUUUAGCUUUAAACUCCCAGAAAAUAUACCACCUACAUUUAUGUACCAAAAUAAUACAAUUUAUUGCCACAUAAAAUGCAAAAUUUAUUAUUAUAUAAGAAUUAAAUUUUUUACCCCAGAUUUAUUACAACUGCCUAUAAGUUUCAAGAAAGGGAUUAUAGUUGGAACAGCAUUUGUACCAAGUUUACCAGGAAAACCAGCUAAAUAUUAUAAAAAGAAGAAAAUAGCGAAAUUGACCAGAGGAAAGAAUACGAUAAGAAUAAAAGCUGCUAUUGAAAACUCGGUAAUUGGUGAUUGUGAGAUAGUAAGAUUUUGGUAUGAAAUUAUUAAUGAUACACAUGUGGAAAUAAAAAGGGUCAAAUUGAAAUUAGUAGAAGCUUAUGCUUUUAAUGCAACAAGAUUACAACGCGUCAAAAGGUUCAAUAAUAUUAAAGGAAUAGUAUCUAGAACAGUAGCUGUUAAGAGCGGUGGUACAAGAAAGAUAUUUGAAAUCAUCAUGCCAUUUGAUAAGAAAACAUUACAAUACUCCAAAAUAGUUACAAGAUAUUACUUUGUAAAAAUAAAAGUUAUCCUACCAUUGUUUCGUCAAAAUUUUGCACUUAAUAUUCCAAUUGAAGUCUUUAAUGAUAUUAAAGAAUCUGAUCGUUUUGAGUUACCACGAGCAUAUUGGGAGGUGAUGAGUGACUGCGCAAAGAGUAAAGAUAAAGUGUUUAGUCGUGAUGAAAAAUGGACAACAGAUGAUGAACAAUAUAUUUACUGUGAUGAUAUUUGUAAAAUAAAAUUUUAA